AAACUUCAAAAAUGAUAUAGCAUACGUGAGAAUUAAAAUGUCCGAGAACAGGACUUUUUUCGAAAAUAUUUUAAAUUAAUAAAAAAAUAAAAAAAAAAAACAAACUAAGCUUCACACAAUGUUGAUCCGCUCCGGCCGACGGGGCAGGAACAGGAGUCAGGAGCCUUCACGUGAAACGAAAAAAAGAAAGCCGGAGAAGGAAAACAGGAGUGAAGCCCCUAAGCAAGAGCCUAGGAGGGAACAUGAGGAACAGGAACGCAAGCAUGAGGAGCACAAGGAUCACGAGCAUCAAAGGCUGGCCAAAAAUUACGAGGAUCUCGAAGAGGAACUCGAACGAAACCUUAAGAUCCUGGAGCGAGCUGUGUGCCCUUUGGAUUUUCGACCCAAGGUAAUGGCCACCAUGUGGAUCACCAAGCUGCGAUCUCCGCCCCAAAGUUCGGACGACGCCAGGGCCAGAAACGCCAUAGCCGCCCACCUGGCCAAGUGCAUCAAAGACGAUGUUUUCGAAUUUGAACCCUUCAGUAAACCGCCUUCCCCCGAUAACUUCAUUACCAUAAAAAAGAAGCUAAAUUUGAGUAAGGAAAGUACGUGCCGUCUAUAUCCCAGGACGAAGGCACAGGAAAGGCACAAUGCCUUGACAAAAUUACUUUCGGAUACCUAUGAUCGAGGAGAGUAUUUAAAGCAGCUUCCUGUUCCCCGGAAUGGAACCUUCUUUGUUCUCCACUUGCAACCAAAUUUAUAAUAAUUUUUUUAAAUUUUAAACAAAAAGGAAAUAUUUUUUAGAUUUAUUAAAUAAAUAUAUAACUAUUUUUUGAAAAAA